AUGGCAAAAAUAAUAGAUAAUUAUAUAUUAAUCGAGGGUAUAGGACAAGGAACAUUCGGUGAAAUACACAAAGGCAGAAAUUUAAUAUCUAAAGAAGCAGUGGCUGUGAAAACUAUUAAAUUGGACAGAUUUUUAAAUGACUCAAUAUUGAAGGAUAUGAUAAUUAAUGAAAUCUAAGCAUUAAAGAAAUUAGAGGAUUAAUACAUCGUAAGAAUGAUUAAAAUGCUAAAAUCGGCUAAUAAUAUUUAUUUAGUCUAUGAACACUUAAAUGGGGGAUCGUUAGCAAAUUAUUUAUAUGAAAAAGGUCGACUAACAGAAUAAGAGGGAAGAUAAAUUAUGUCAAAUGUAUUUAAAGGAUUCAAGACUUUAAAUCAUGAAAAAAUCAUUCAUCGAAAUAUCAAUCCAAAUAACCUAUUCUUUAAUGACGGAAUCGUUAAAAUAAAGAAUUUCUUUUGUUGCAAGUCCCCAGCAAGUCAGAAAUUGUUUGAUCCUGAAAACUUCAUAUACUCUGCGCCUGAAAUAUUACUAAAGACAUAAUAACCACAACAUGAAGACAAAUGUGAUAUAUUCUCCUUGGGAUUGGUGUUUUAUAAGAUGUUUCUGGGAUAAUUGCCAUUCCCUGAAACACUAACUUAAGAGCAACUUAUUGAUUUAUAUAAAAAUCAGUAAUUCAAUCCAAAUGUUGAAGAUCUAUCAGAAAAUACUGCCUACAUUUUGAAUGGAAUGUUAUAGGUUGAUUAAGCCAGAAGAAUAGAAUGGCAAACACUGUUUCAUGAAGAUUAGGUACCUACUAUGUCUGGUUUAGUAAAUUCAACCAAUACAAACUUUGCUUCGAAUUAUUAAAUCAAUUCACAAGUAUAAUAAUUUGAGACUGGAGGCUAAAAUUUUUACAUCUCACAACAAUCCUUGUAAAAUCAUAUUACUACAAGUCCAAAUGAGUUAGUUAAACGAAAAACAAAUGUUUCUGAUAAGGAGAACAUAAAAUCAAAUAAAGAAAAUGAUUCAGCAUAAAUCUUUGCAAAAACAACAGAAAAGGAGCAAACCUUAUCAUAAUAACAAUCCUAAUAAUAAACCUUAUAAAUUUAAUCAUCCAAUAUUAAUAGUUCCUCACAGAGUGUAGUUAAACAAAUUCAAACUUAAUUAAAUGAGUUAAGACAUAAAUUUAAUAUUAUAAUAUAAGGAACAUGCAAAAUUGAAUAGUUAGAUAAUUGGUCAGCUAAAAUAAAAACUGAAAUCUGCAUGAUAUUCUUAUUAAAAAAAGCAAUCAAAUGCAUAAACGAGAUGUUAGACAUCUGCUAAAAUACUGACAGAUAAUGGGCAAUUUCGAAGAACAAGUCAGAAAUAAUUAAGAUUCUAUAAAAGGACUAUGAUGAUUUAGUUGCAAAUUACAAACAAGUUAAAUAAAUGAACACUUGUCCACACGAAGAGUUGAAUACUCACGAAAUGAUAGAUGAACAAUAUGUGGAUAAUGUAUUAAUUAUGAUAGCUAAAUAAAUUGCUAUGGAUUUGGGCUAAAUUCGAUCAAGUAUGAGAAGUAAUUCUCAAAUUAAGAGCAAUUCAUUUAAUUACGAAUAAACUAGUUAAAGGAAUGGUAGCUUUAUUGAAUCGAAACAAGGUACUUCGAAUUAGUACAUUUUUGCAAUCUUUUUAAUAGAUUUAGUUAAAGGCAUGAAUUUUGAAGAUCAAAAGCCUUAUUUUAAAAAGUUAGAAGAAUCGAAAUUGCCUGAAUUGUUAGACUUUAAACUCAAAUCUAUUUGA